GCCCUGGUACCUCCAAAAUAAUAUUAGUUAAAUUAUUAUUUCCUCUAUUUUUGAUACCCUACUCAUUUUGUUAUUUUUUUCUUGGCUUUAUUUUUUAUUUAUAUAUUUAUUUUCGCACACAAAUAUGACUGUCAAGCGCGCACACACUGUUAAUGAAUACAUAUUUGCAGAUCCCGUUAUUGAAGUAACCAAAUGUGCACCAUAUGCCUUUGCGGCGACCGGUGUACUGAAAAGCAACACAACAGCAUCAAUGGUGGCAUCGGAAUGGUCGACAAUAAGCAAUAUGCUGUUCUACAGGGCAAUUGCUAAGCUUACCAGAUUUCAGGACAACAACCCAUACAAUGAAUAUCAAUCUCUCGAGUCAAGUGACAUUGAUGCAAUGGUCAGCGAACACAAUGUAAGCAGCAAGCAUAAUUACGCAUAUACCGCGUUUGUCUCGGCGGCGACAACAACAACACCAAAUAACAAUUCAAACCGUAUUUCCAAUUUUCCAGCACACAAGCACAAGGCGUUGGCCUCAUUGCGUUUCUUACAAACCGCAUGUGGCAAUGUCUUCACGCUGCAUCAAAUCAAUAGCAAAGUCGCAUACGCAAAGCGUUUCAUUACAAAUGCAUUCAUUUCGCUUUAUGCGACUGGAUACUUUGCAGACAACCAAGAGGAGCCGUUGCCAAUUUCAAACGACCCCAAUGCGGGCAGUCAGACCAACAAGAUUAAAGGUAUGAAUUGCACUAAUGUCAACCCCGAGAACCAGCAGGCUACCGAAUCGCUUAUUAGAUAUAUGUUGGACAAGUCCUCGCUGACGGCGCCCUUCAUCAAACCCAAAGACAUUUCUAUACUGAGAACGUAUUCAGAGAUCGACAUGUGGAUGCGCGCGAUGAUCGAGUUCCACAGCGCCAAGAUGACCGCGUUUCUGGACUCGUGCGCCCACAACCUUGCCAACAGGUGUAUAAUCGAGACUCGUUUAAAUUUAAGCAAACUCGAGUCGCCCAUCUGCAAAGCCAAACCUAUUGACAGGAAACACACUGUGGAGGCAUUGAACAAGCUUCUGGAUGGCAUCAAAUAUAUGUCUAACAGCAUUAAAAACUCGACUCUGGACAGUGUAAAUUCGCUUGGCUCUGCCUCUUCAUAUGAACUGACCAACGGCAUUAAUGAUAUGCCGGACAGCGCAAUCAUGCAGCCCCAUAAAAGACGCAGGCAGCAGCUACCUAGCCCGUUGUUGCCCAACACCCUAACCGAAGCACUGGCUUGCAACCCGGCUCCGCCAUGCGCCUAUUCGCUGUUUUCGGCUGAUUUGAUGUCAGUCUUUUACAUCGUGCCCGUGUCCAAAGCCGCCAAACUCGAUGCUAUGAGGCUGCUGCUUGGGCUGGGCAGAGCGUGACUGACCCGCAUAUUGUUCACCUAUUAUUCCACUGUCGCGUCGUGGCUGGCCCCACUGGCAGCCCUGCUUAAUUGGUUGUGUUGUGCACCCUGGUUCUUCAAUAGCGUGUAUUUCUACGUGCAUUCCUUCUUUCGUCGGCAGAGCUCUCACG